AUGCGUGCUAGACUUGUUUACCAGUCACGCAAACGUGGGACUCUCGAAACUGACCUCUUGUUGAGUACAUUCGCACGGGACCAUCUAGUUGCAAUGACAGGAGCUGAGCUGAAGGAGUAUGAUAAGCUAUUAGACGAACCUGACUGGGAUAUCUACUACUGGUCAACAGGGAAGCGUUCUACGCCUGACAGAUGGGCGAAUUCUGGCGUCCUCGAAAAACUCAAGGUUCAUGCACGAAACGAAGGAAAAGUUGUCCGGUCUAUGCCUUCACUUUGA